AUGGGGAACUCCCUGCUCUCCAUACUCUAUCUGUACAUGUUUUUAUUCCAACGUCAGCUGAAGAAGCCCAUCGAUGCCAUUUUCAUGCACCUGACUGUGGUCAACAUCCUGAACCUCACCUUCACAAUGUUGCCAGACAUCAUAGCAUGCUUUGGAAUCCAGCGAUUUCUGAACGAUGUGGGUUGCAAGGCGGUGAUGUACUUCUUAAGAGUCACCCGGGGACUGUCCAUCUGUACCACCUCACUCCUCAGUGCUUUUCAGGCCAUCACCAUCAGCUCCAGCCAUGCCCAAUGGGUGUGGCUUAAAUCUAAGUCUUCAGUGUGGAUUUUCCCUUCUUUCCUCUUCUUCUGGGUCAUCAAUAUGGUCAUCUAUGUCCCGGUCAUUACAGCUAUGAAAGCCAAAAGCAAUUUCACUUUGGUUGGUCCCGGGAUGUCCAAUGCAUAUUGUGAGACUCGGCGGAUAGAAGACAAUAGAUCAUGGUAUUUCAUAUCUAUCUUAUUAGUUCGAGAUCUCGUGUUUGUUAUCCUCAGGAUCACCACCAGCCUUCAUAUGGUGACCCUCCUGUACCGACACCACAAGACAGCCCGGCACCUCCACAGUCCCAGGCUUGCUUCCCAGCCAGCACCUGAGAACAAGGCCACCCACACCAUCUUACUGUUAGUCAGCUGUUUUGUGUUCUUCUAUUGCUCCAACAAUAUCUCAACCUUUUAUUCCUUUUACACCGCUGUGAAAAUCCCAAAAAUGGAUCACUCUAAGAAUGCUGGUCGUCCAGUGGCAAAGCAAUAUCCAGCCAAUGAGGAGCAGGAUGUAGCCAGUGUCAAAGGAUAG